AUGGCACGGCGCGGUGCUCUCGGUGCCAUCCUGCUCAUGCCGAUGCUGUCGGUGUUGGUGCUGGCGGGCUCCUCGGAGCGCUUAGCCUGGAUGCUGGCUGAUAAAGGACCGUUCCGACGCGCACACGAUUUCUCCGAGUUCUCCGAGCGCCACCAGCACGGAUUCUCCACCCGCUACAAGAUCUACAGGGAGUUCGGCCGAUGGAAGGUGAACAACCUGGCCGCGGAGAGGCAGGACGCGGUGCCCUUCGACCCCAACUUCAUACGCAGCGUGAGGCAGCUGGGGAGGCGGCCGAGCCUGCAGAUGAUCACGGAUAACAUCAUCAAGAAGUACGGCACGCACUUCCUGGUCUCGGCCACUCUGGGAGGGGAAGAGUCUCUGACCAUAUUUGUGGAUAAGCGGAAGCUAAGCGAGGACGGUUCUAGCGGUGGAGCCUCCAACAGCACGUUGAACCUUGAGACCCUCCAUCAGCUCGCCGCCUCCUACUUCAUCGACCGCGACAGCACGCUGAGGAAACUCCACCACCUCCAGAUCACCUCGGCAGCCAUCAAGGUAACAGAGACGAGGACCGGUCCGCUUGGCUGCAGCAAUUACGACAACCUCGACUCGGUCAGCUCGGUUUUGGUUCACAGCCCUGAAAACAGGGUCCAGCUUCAAGGCCUUCAGGUUCUUCUGCCCGAGUAUCUGAGGAGCAAGUUUGUGCAGGCGGCGCUGAGCUACAUCGGCUGUAACGGCGAGGGGCGCUUCACCUGCAGAGACAACGACUGCUGGUGCCAGUGCGGCCCCGGGCACCUGGAGUGCAACUGCCCAUGGGCUAACCUCCGUGCCCAGCAGAGCCAACUGAAGCGCACCGUCGAAGCCUGGAACCGUGCUCACCAGGAAUUUGAGCAGUCAGACGAGUUCCAGUCGUUUGUGGGCAGACUGUUGAUUCACGUCGCCCAGAAUGCAUCGUCAGUUCGGCAGGCGUGGAAGAGUAACGUGGCUCUUCUGAAGCGCUACAGGAAGCUAGAGAACGAUGUCACUUCCCUCCUGAAUAAAGCCCAGCAGAGCGCAGCGAAGCUCUUCAGCUUCAGUCGGAGGUGUCGCACGCAACCCAAAAUCCUUCUGCCCAGAGAGAGGCGUCUUGGUUACUGGCUGCAGCGCGCCCUCUCCCUGCUCUACUGUGGUGAAUCAGAGCGUCCAGGCGUCUACUCAGAGGCCACGCGCACCUGCGUGUGUCCGGGCGGUCACCUUUCGUGCCAGGGCCUGAUCCCCUGCCUGACGGGCGCUGCCGGUCGCUGUGCCUCGUGCUCACCGGAGAAUCGUACGCGCUGCUCGAGCUGCAACAGCGGCUACGCGUUAAGCCAAGGGACCUGCAGACCCGCCGCUCCGAGCCCCACCAAACAGUACCUGGGCACAGAGACGGAGCUGGCUGACUCGGAAGUGCACCGGCUGCUCGAGCGGCACGACGGUAACCUGGCUGUGCCCGGCAUCUUCGUGAGCAGUGACAUCAAACUCAAUACCUGGUUUGAACCUUCGUGGAGGAAGAGAAUGCUCCUGACUCUCAAGAGCAACAAGUCCAGGUCGAGUCGGGUGCACGUGCUGCUGGGAAUUUCCGUUCAGAUUUGCGCGGCGAAGAACUCCACGCUGGAGCCGUCGCUUUCCGUUUCCAUUAACCCGUUCGGCGGGAGUCAUUCCGAGAGCUGGGCGAUGCCUAUCAACCAAAAUGGGUACCCGGAGUGGAAGAAAACGACGGUGGAUCUUUCUCUGCGUUGCUACAACUGGACUUUAACGCUGGGCAACCGUUGGAGAAGCUUCUUCGAGACGGUCCACUUCUAUCUGAGGACUCGAAUCCAGAGCGAUAACGGUCAAGGGAACGAGACGGUCGAUUCGGACGUCACGAACACCUCGCAGAACUUCGCGUACAUAAAAAUAAACAGCAUGCAGCUGUUCGGAUACGCCGUCCACUUCGACCCGGAGGCUAUCCGGGAUCUGAUCCUGCAGCUGGACUAUCCGUACACGCACGGAUCUCGGGACUCUGCGCUGCAGGAGCUGAUGGAGAUCCAGUACCGGGUCAAUCGAUUGUCUCCGCCCGGGCCGACGCCCCUGGAUCUUUUUUCCUGCCUGCUCAGACAGCGGCUUAAACUCUCGAGCUCGGACGUGUCACGGAUUCUUCUCGCGCUACAGGCUUUCCGUGCCAAAUCUCGGUACUAUGCAGAGUACGAAGUGGCAAAACUGUGCAGCUAACGAGCGACGUCCGGAUCCAGUUUGAUGCGUCUGAAGUACGAGGGAUCUUCAAAAAGUUUUCUCACUUUUAUAUUUUGGUUGGAAUCGAAACUGAGAGACACUUAGUCUGGAUUUAACUCCAUCUGAUGACCUUUUUGGACGCUCAGAGAAGCUUUAAGGGGAAGAAGAUUUUCAUGUGAUGAUGUGAGAUCAGCGCUGCACCAAAUUCCUUUAAAAAGUUUUUAAAAGUGCGGAAACUUUUUGAAGAACCCUCGUAUGUUUUAUAUGACCAGACUCUUUGGUGGAUUGUUUGAUACAGACCGCUGUACCGUUUCUAGACAUAAUGUUUAUAUUUGACGUCAGUGGUUUCAAUAAAACACAAACAUCUCUGCACUUUCGUCAGUGUUGCCCAGUUUGAAUAAAUAAAGCGGACGAAAGCCAGCUGAAAUCAAACGUUUGUCCUCU